CUCGGUAGCACCCGGAAAGGGUUUGAGGCGGAUUCAGCGUGUGUGCGUACCGUGCAAGGGUCGGUGAGGGACGCACCAGGCGGCGGGAUGUCCUGGUCUCGUCUUCUCCUUGGCCUCAACAGGUCCCUAAGUCGUGGCCUAGCCCUGGCACCCCAGCCCUGGGCCACCCGCUCCAUGGCUACACUGAACCAGAUGCACCGCCUGGGGCCUCCAAAGCGGCCACCUCCACGUCUGGGCCCCACUGAGGGCCGGCCACAGCUGAAAGGCGUGGUUCUGCGCACCUUCAUCCGCAAGCCCAAGAAGCCCAACUCGGCCAACCGCAAGUGCUGCCGCGUCCGACUCAGCACAGGUCGCGAGGCGGUCUGCUUUAUCCCCGGUGAGGGCCACAACCUGCAGGAGCACCACGUUGUCCUCGUGCAGGGUGGCCGCACCCAAGACCUGCCGGGAGUCAAGCUCAAGGUUGUACGGGGCAAAUACGACUGUGGCCACGUGCAGAAGAAGUGACCAGUGGGCAGGCAGAGGCUUGGAUGCCCUGCAGAGCCGGAAACCUUGUGGGCCUCCAGCAGGUCCUUGAAGGUCAGCUCCUCCUGUUCUCGAGGCAGCCAGUCCUGAUUGAAAGCCCACUCUGCCUCUCCCCUAGGACCACCACAGCCCAUAAGGGUCCCUGGGUGCUGGGGAAAAGGCAUCUCUCGGCACCCUUGGCUUCUGUCUAGUGUUGGCCUGAAGGGCCUCUUCUGCCAUCACCCGGAAGCACACAGGUCCCCAUGGUUGUGAUGUAACACCCCCCCUUGUGCAGCGUUUGCCCUCUGGUGUGGCUGGGGCAGCUGCCAUCCUCUCUGGACCUCCGUUUGCUCUUCCAAAAAAUAAUUCCAUUUGCAGUGUCCCCUCUGUUUUGUUUGGUGAAGAUUAAACUACGUGCUCUUGUGUGUAGCGCA